AUGGCCGCCGACGGCCCAAUUGCCGCCGCGCCCAGACAGUAUUAUUCGCCGCCCUUUGCCGACUCCCAAAGAGACCAUGCCUACUCCUUCGACCGCUACGAAUCCCCCAAGUCGCGCCCGGCAAGCGUCCCGCCAACGCCUGUCUCGGCCCAGUCACUUGCCGCAGCUCCGCGCCGCUUCGCUCCUGAUGCCUCGAUCGUGCUCAUUGGCGUUCGCGGCACCGGCAAGUCCACGCUGGCCGUCAUUGCUUCCGCCGGCAUCCAGCGACGCGUCGUCGACACCGAGCACGCUUUCCAGGAAGCCACCGGCCAGUGCAGCUCCAGCUACAGAAAGACCCAAGGCGCCGCCGCCCACAACCAGCGCCAGCUGGAAGUUCUCAGGACUGUGCUCACCAACUAUGACAAGGACUGUAUCUUGGUUUGCGGCACCAAUUCCAUAGAGCGUGGCGCCCAGCUUUUGUUGCAAGAGUACAGCAAGACACAUCCCGUCAUUCACAUCGUGCGCGAUGCCCGCAGUAUCAGGGACUAUCUCAAGGUGUGGGAUGAGCACAAGGUGGAAAAUCUUCUGCGUGCUUCGAGCACCAUCUUUCGCGCCUGUUCCAACUACGAAUUCUACAACUACACAGAGAAGCAGCAGGUUCUUCAUCCAGAUACCCCCGAACACACCCUUGACGACGUUUCCUCCCGUUCUUCCCCAAGUGGCGCUCGCUCGUCUCAGGAGCCUCUCUCAGGACAGAGAUCGCCGGCCUCGUUCCUCACUUUGAAAAGAGCCGAGAGGCAUUUUCUGAAGUUUGUCACCCUCAUAAUGGCUCGAGGGAGUCUCCAGUCUCUAGAAUCCGCCUACCCUCUUUCCCACGUACCGACAACAGCUCGUUCAUACACUUAUGCUGUGUCGGUACCUCUUCCAGCCAUCCUGUCAGGAUCUCUGGACAUGGAAGAGCUGGAGGUGGGCGCCGAUGCUUUCGAGAUCAAAGUCGCUGACCACGACGGUUUGGCUCAUCCUGCUGGCCCCGCACGCCUGGACCAAAUCAGUCAGGCAUUCUCUACAGUUCGUAGAACCACGGUUGUGCCAAUCAUCUACCACGUGAUGAGAGUAACCUCCAAGGCCAACGCAGAACUCCCCGAGGAGGACUACUUUGAGAUUGUCCGCCAUGGCCUUCGCUUUGCCCCUGAAUUUGCGACGGUUGACCUAGAGGCCGAUGAAAAGCUAAUCACUCAGACAAUCCAGUCGAAGGGCGCAACGAAAAUAAUUGGGGAUUUCCAUAAAAACUUGUCUACCGGAUGGAAUGACGAAAAAUGGGUGGAAAUGUACGAAAAGGGCAGAAGACUAGGUUGCGACCUCAUCCGCUUCACCCGUCCUGCCGGACGCUCAGAAGACGCCUUUUCCGUUCAUCAAAUGAGAAGCAGAGUAGAGGCCUUGGACGGCCCACACAUUCCGCUUCUUGCGUUCAGUAUCGGCGACCGCGGCCGCACCUCUGCAUGCUUCAACAAAACUCUAACCGCCGUCACGCACCCAGCUCUUCAAGACUUUGCUCGGGAAAGACACAUUGAUGCACCACACUACCCCACCAUCACCUCGGCCGAGGCAACGCGAGCACUCUACGCAUCUUUUGUUUUCGACCCGUUACGAAUCUAUGUCAUCGGAGCGAAGGUCAACUACAGCCUGUCGCCGGCAAUGCACACGGCCGGCUUUAAAGCUUUGGGCCUGCCACAUACGUACGGUAUUCACCAGACGUCAUCGCUGAAUAAUGCGCACUCAAUACUUUCGGAUCCAAAUUUUGGCGGCUCUUCUGUCGGACAACCCUACAAGAUUGAAAUCAUCGCGCUCACUCAUUCACUGAGUCGGCAUGCACGUGCAAUAGGAGCUGUCAAUACGUUGAUACCUGUUCGUAAUUUAAAACCAGACGGCAGCAUUCCUGAAGACAUCGACCUGUUGCGCGAACGGAGUCAGAUUGGGCCGGUGAAGGCUUUGUACGGGGAGAAUACGGACUGGAUUGGAAUCAGGGCGUGCAUCAGACGAGGCCUGUCUCCAGCGAAUGCGGUGGGUCCGCGAACGACGGCUCUCGUUGUAGGAGCAGGAGGAAUGGCGCGGGCAACUGUUUACGCGCUUCUGCAGCUUGGAGUGCGGAACAUCUUCAUCCAUAACCGGACGCUGGCGAACGCGGAGAAGCUCGUCACGCACUUCAGACGGGUGCUGUCAAGCAGCGGGACCAGCUCUCCGCCUCUUCUAUCCGCGCGUGAGAAUGCACCGCAGACUCACUUUACCAUCAUCAAAUCACGCGAAGAUGCAUGGCCCGAGUUGUUCCGGCAGCCGACGAUUAUCGUGUCGUGCAUUCCUACAAACUCAGUCAAUGAUAGCCCUGCACCCGACUUCACGCUCCCCCUGCAGUGGUUCAGGAGCCCGACGGGAGGAGUUGUAGUAGAGCUAGCAUAUAGAAACCUCGACUCACCGUUGCUGCGGCAGAUCCGGGCGGAGAGCCACCGGGGAUGGGUGGCGAUGGACGGCCUUGACCUUCUCCCGGAGCAGGGGUUUGCGCAGUUUGAGCUUUUCACGGGAAGACGAGCACCUCGGCGAAUCAUGAGGAUAGAGGUGCUCAGGGCUUACAGGGACGAGAAGGGAGAGACGGAUCCAACGGUGCAGGCCCGGCUGGAGGCGAUCAACGACUGGGAGCCGUGA